AUGUCCCGUGCGCCUUUCAUUGUCCCCGCGCUAAAAAAACACACCGCCACGGUGAUAAUGGCCCAUGGCUUGGGCGACAGCGGUGCAGGAUGGGUCUCUCUCGCCCACAACUGGCGCCGACGAGGCUUGUUUGAAGAAGUGACCUUCAUCUUCCCAAAUGCGCCCAUGAUUCCGAUUACAGUGAACUUCGGAAUGUCAAUGCCUGGUUGGUACGACAUCACCAAACUCGGUCGUGAUCUCGAUUUCCAAGAAGCCGUCAAGAACCAAGAUGAAGCCGGCAUCCUUAAGUCUCGCGAUUACUUCAACUCCCUGAUUAAAGAGCAAAUGGACCAAGGCAUCAAGCCGUCACGAAUCGUCCUCGGAGGGUUCUCGCAGGGAGGCGCCAUGUCCCUGUUCUCAGGUAUAACUGGACAGGAGAAGCUUGGUGGUGUCUUUGGCCUUUCAUGCUACAUGCUCCUCAGUGACCGUAUCAAGAACUAUAUCCCGGAAAACUUCCCGAACAAGAAGACGCCAUUCUUCCUUGCGCACGGCACAGAAGAUGAUAUUGUGCCGCAUGAGUUUGGCAAGCGCUCGGCCGAGAUGGCUAAGGAAUUGGGACUGGAAGAUGUCACCUUUAACUCAUACAAGUAUCUCUCACACUCCGCCGACCCGGUGGAGAUUGAGGACUUGGAGAAGUUCCUUGACAGAGUGAUUCCGGCCGAGAACGGGGGUAGCUUAUGACUUGAUCCUCCCUCUGGACGCUGGAAGCCGCUCUCCCACAGCGCCACUCUGGGCGCAAUACUUCUAUUUAUAGUGGUUCUGAUCUACAGACGAGAUAGAGCUCUGUCUAAGCACGAAUUUGAUUAGGCCAUAAAUAUUUCACAAACAUGUGGAUCAUAAUUAUUCCUUCCCGGCCCUCUCUAUAGCCCUCUUUAUGAUCUCCACCAUCCUAUCAUUAUUCCCCGCAUCAAAUGGAAUCAUGUGCUUCCCUCCAUGAUCAUAAACUUCCGCCUUCCCCGGCUCGCAAAGCCCGAACAGUUUCAACCCCUGCUCAUAUAACGGAUCUUGCCUGCCCACAAAAUGCGCCGUCGGAAUCCUAACCCUAUACUCACCCUCUGGUAGGCUAACAGGCCCCUUCCCAUCCAACUCAUACGGUAUCCCCGCACAUAUAAACACUGCGGCCUUAAACAGUGGCG